GUAACUCCGCCUUUGUGUAUGUUUCGCUUAUGCCUAAUCGGGAAGGGAAGUGUACUGUGUUGUGUAUAUUUUUCGCCAGCAAACUAUGCCUGUUUCAGCCAUGCCAGCCAAACGUGGACUGAUCACAGACACCUAUAAAGUGGUGAAGAAAGUAAGGAAGGAGGACACGCAGAGGAAGAGGUCUCCACCACCACCAGAGCCAGAGUCUGAAAGUCCGCAGUUGUCAGAGAGAGAAAGAGAUCUGCUGGAACUGAAGAACUUUGACUUGGACUGGCGCUUUGGACCAUGCACUGGCAUUAGCCGACUGCAGCGCUGGGAGCGGGCACUGAUGCAUGGGUUAGACCCUCCUCAGGAGAUCAGAGAACUGCUGCUGAACAGAGAGAACGACCCAGACUACUCACACUGCUUAUGGCGUGACUACCCCCUGUGAAGAAAGGGGUGAGUGAGUGAAGAGGAUAAUGAGUGAAGAAGAAAAUGAUUGUUCCCAUGUUCCCUUUUUACACUUUCUACACUACAUUUUUAAGAAUAAAAGUUUGACUUUAAGUAGAA